AUGUAUAAUGUUCCUGCUUAUCUACCUCAGCUGCCACAACCACCUCCUGGAGCGUCCAUAGCAAACUUAACUGAGCUUAACCGUAGUUCCGAUACCAAGGAUUAUCGCGUCCAUCUAGCGCCUAUAAAUCCGGUGCUUCCAAAAGCAUCAUCUCUAUCGAAAGCUUCAUUUAGUUUUACAAAUGAUCGACAAGAAUCGAGCAGUGAAGACUCGCGUAGGAUGCAAACUAGCUCUAGUUAUCGUAACCGUAAUCAGAUACUGAGAUCACCUAUGGCAUAUAUGGGAGGUGAUCAACGUGGAGGUGGAGGUAGCAGAGGUGGUAGGGGUGCUAAAACUAGCAGCAUAAGUUCUCAAUCGGAAAGGAUGGACGAAUCGAAUUUUGAACAGACCGAAGAAUUAAUUGCAAGACCUCUGGAAACAAUAUAUACAAAUUCUGCCGCAUCUGCACAAUUUUAUGAUAUGGAACCAGACGUCGACAAUGAUAGAUCAGUUCAAGAAUCAAUAUCUAAUACACUCCUGAAUGAAAUACCUUCAUUUGCUGGAAAGAGAUCUAAAAAAAAAAAAUUACCAUUGAAUAGCAAUCGUGAAACUAGGGUUACUCAGAUGCAAGAUCUUCUACUACUCGAUGUUACUCCACUUAGUUUAGGUAUUGAAGAUGUCAAUGGUCAAAUGUGUAUCAUAAUCCCUCGUAAUUCAACAAUUCCACGAAAAGCUCAGUUGGAUUCCGUAUUUACUAAUGCUUAUGCUUAUCAAACAACAGCUACAAUUCGUAUUUUUCGAGGCGAACAUAAAUCAACAAAAUAUAAUAUCUUUCUUGGUGAAUUUCUUCUUACUAAUUUAACAUCAAAUUUUACAUCAAAAGCAUUAGAAAUAUCUAUUUCUAUGGAUCUUGAUGCUAAUGGUUUUUUAAUAGUGAAUGCUGAAGAAUCACGAUCAGGUGCUAAAGCUAUGAUUACAAUCAAUCCACAAGAUCAUCACCUUACUCCAGAUGAUAUCGAACGGCAUCUCCAAUAUGUACGAAGUAAUCCAGAUUAUCAAGCUAUAACUAUUGACAAUCAACAAAUGAAUAAUUCUUUAUAUAUGCUUAAAGGUGAUACUGAAAAUCGAAAAAUAAAUUUUUCAGGUGAAAUUGAAAUUUCAAAAGACUUUCCAAUAUUUCCUAAGUUUAAAACUAUUUCAUUAACUUCAACAAUAAUGAAUGAAUUAAAAAGAAUUCAAUUAUCAAAUGGAUCAUUUAAUAUCAAUGAAGAUUUUGUUAAAUUAUUAUCGAUAGAUAUGAAGAAUUUUGAUGAACUUAAAGAAUAUUUAUAUAAACAAGGUUUUAAUUCAUUUGCAUUAAAUACACAAAAUGAUAUAAUUCAUUUGAUUGCUACGGGUAUAAUUCUAUUAGAAUUUUUAUUACAAGUUCCAUUAUCAGAAAGAAACGAACUUUUGAUUCCAUUUUAUAGUGAACAAAUUCGAUCACUUCUUCAUCGUCAUUUACCAAAACCGUUAUUGGAAAAUGCUGAUAAAGCAAUUGAUUUUUAUGCACAAAAACGUUUAUCUUAUGGAAUUUAUUGUCAACAAUUAGAAUUGAAAUAUUCAUCAUGGGAAAAAUUAAUUCAAUAUGGAAUUUUUAAUAUUGAAAAUUAA